CUUCCAAACAUCACAGCUUCAAUCCUCAAAUCCUCUCCCACUCCACCACACACACACACGCUCUACAGCAACCUCAUCAUCAGCGACAAGUCAGUCACCCAAGAAACCCAAGCUAACACCAAGAUGGCGUCUCCAAAGCCAAGCUCUAAGCAGAAGACGCUUGCUAAAUUCGGCUUCAGCCGCGAGACCAGAGCCUCGCCGCCGCCAUCCAACUCGUUCUCGUCUUCAAACUCCUCACCCGGAGUGUACGGUACCGGAUCGAGGAAGCGCCAGCGUCGCGUGACCGAGUCGCCAGAUACAGAGGAACAAGAUACCCUAAUGAGAGAUAUCUUUAAGCUUCGGAUGGAUCGGUUGAAGAAGAAGAUUGCGGGGCUUGAGGCGGAGGUGAAGAGAAGUGAGGAGGCGAGGACUCUAUUAGAGAUGGAAAAUGCAGAGUUGAAUGAGAGGUACGAGAGGAUGAAGAAGGUGCUAGAGGAGCAUGGUAUUGAUGAAGAUGAGUAUGUGGACGGAGGAGAGAACGAAGCCAUGGAUGAAGGCGAAUGAAGACGAGAAUGAAGGAGAGAGCCUCGAGCUAUGAGCUGCUCUCGAGACUCUCGAAUUCUCAUAGUACGUCUAGGAGAAGGCGACUCGUAUCGAUUCGUU